UGCACUUCAGCACUGUUUGGGACGCGGCCCAGGACUGUUUCCUCCUUCACUGCGCGGUGCUGUAGAGGAUCCAGAAACAGGGGAAGAGGUGCUGUGUCGGUGGAUGUGAUGGCUCUGAAAAGGAUUCAGAAGGAAUUACAGGACUUGCAGCGAGACCCUCCUUCACAAUGCUCAGCAGGACCGAUGGGAGAGGACUUGUUUCACUGGCAGGCUACAAUAAUGGGACCAGGUGACAGUCCAUAUCAGGGCGGGGUUUUCUUCCUGACUAUUCACUUCCCGACAGACUACCCCUUUAAACCACCGAAGGUUGCCUUCACAACAAAAAUCUACCAUCCAAACAUCAACAGUAACGGCAGCAUCUGCCUGGACAUCCUGCGCUCUCAGUGGAGUCCCGCACUCACAGUGUCGAAAGUGUUGUUAUCCAUAUGCUCGCUGCUGUGUGAUCCGAACCCCGAUGACCCUUUAGUUCCGGACAUCGCACACAUCUACAAAUCUGAUAAAGACAAAUACAACAGAAUGGCCCGAGAGUGGACUCAGAAAUACGCCAUGUAACUUCCUCUGAUUGCGGCAGCAGGACUCUGAACGUUGCACAUGGAUGACUAACGGGGAUGUACUGUACCACAUUUUUAUCAAAAACUGGUGGACUGUUUUUUGGUUCUUGACCUCCCCCUCCCCCCUCCCCCCUUUUAUUUUUCUUUACAGAGGAAAGCUUGUAGCUGAGACCGAAACCACGUUACGCAGCUGAGCCGUUCACUUUUCCGUUUACAGAAACAUGAUGGAACAGCGAAACGCUAUCAGGCUACUGCUGACGAGAGUCUCAGAGUAGCCAAAAUUAUUAAAAAAAAGAGAGAUAAAAAAUUAGCAUUUGUUACUGGUACACUUUUUUUUUUUUUCAUCUUUUAGAUAUUUUAUUAUAUCGUGUUAACCAGUUCUGGAGCUGUUUUUAUUUUUGAAUUAAGAACAUGAUUUUUUUUUUUCUUUUCUUUUUUGGAUGCUGUGUGUGAACUAACAAGCAGGUUUUGUUCUUUUAGAUUGUUAUUAAAGGUUGACUGUGUUAGGGGUAUGAUGGUAUACUGUGAUGAAGGAAUCUGGAAUAAUUAUUAUUGUUAAUGUUAAACUCUACUGGUAUACAUGACCCCGAGAAAAAUAAAACCGUGUUGUAAAGCCAGGUUGCCUUUUGAAAAAAAGGUGAAAAUAAAAAGAAAGCUGUAUUUCUA